AUGUCCUCCCGUGAGCGUGAUGGUGGUAGAUCGAGGGAUAAGCUCCGGCGUACUCGUGAUUUCCCGUCCAAGAGCAGGGGUAAACGUGCUUCGAACGAGCGGAGCUCUCAUAAACACGGAAAAUGGUCCAAAUCGUCAAGCUCAUCGGAUUCGGAGAUUUCCCUUCCACCUGAAGAAAUUCAAAAGCUCAAGGAAAUGGUCCGACAGAAGAAGGCAAUUAUGAAGGAACUGGAAACUCCAGAAGAAAAACGUGCCCGUCGAAUGGCCAAGAAAGAGCGCAAGGAGCGCCGUCGUCGAGAAAAACUUGGCUGGGGCAAGGACUAUCUCGGUUACACAAAUGAAGAUAAUCCAUUUGGGGAUCGACACCUAUCAGAAACAUUCGUUUGGCGCAAAAAGAUUGAUGAUAAGGGUCUCUCUCACCUUGAUGGUGCGCGACUGCAAACGCUGCAAGCACAGAAGAUGGAAGAAAAUAGGCGGGAGCUGGAGAAUGUCCGCCGACGACGGCUGGAGAGAGAAAGAGAGAAGGAGGAGAGAGAAAAGGAGUUGGAAAUGCUUCAGCGUGAAAGAGAGGCCGAGUACUAUAAGUCUUGGGGACAACAAGAAGAUACGUUUCACUUAGAGCAAGCAAAGCUGCGCUCACGCAUCCGAAUCGCCGAUGGUCGUGCCAAGCCGAUUGAUUUACUUUCGAAAUAUAUAGCUGAUCAGGAUGAGGGUGCACAGAACAUGACCAAUGGUGGCGACAUAUCUAGCGCUAUCGAGGUGAUGGAACCGACGCAAUUUUUGGUCGGGCUGAGCAUCGAUGAUCUGGAGGAUCUACUGGUCGACAUAAAGAUUGUGUACAUGGAACUUGAGAAGGGUCAGAACGUGGAGUACUGGCGGGACAUGACGGUGAUAGUGGAGGACGAACUGCGGCGUCUGAGGCAAGAUGAGGAUGCAGAAGGAGGCGGAGGAAGACACACUUCGGUCAACAUUAGUAACUCCGUUCUACAGUCAGUUGCUGACACACUCAAGUCCAAAACUUACGCUCAGCUAGCAGCUCUUGAACGACAGAUUCAACCUAAAUUGCAUGGUGGCGAGGGCGUGGAUGUUGGGUACUGGGAGACGCUAUCGCAAUUCGUGGCUGCUCAGAUGGCUCGAACACGCCUCCGUGAAAGGCAUCAGGAGCAUCUUCGCCGUAAACUCGCUUUCCUUCAGCAAAAUCAGGGGAUUUCCAGUGCGAGUAACGAUUCCAAUCCCAUUUUCCCCAGUGGCUCUGGGUCCACAUACAAUAUGGUCGAGCAGAUUCGGGAGUUGCAACAACAAGCUGUCUUUAAAAUGCAGAGAGAUGAAGGACAGCAGUUGGGAGAGGCCAAGAAGGGGCCUGAGGAUCCCUCGGCUCCGGCGAAUCAAGAAGAAAUUGAGCCUACUCCAGGCCCUUCCACGGCACAACCGGAAGCGCCGGGUGUUUCUAAUCAGCCAGACCCGUACGAUUCUUCACUUUAUUCGCCUGUUCUACUGGAUCAGUCAGAUGUAGAGAUUGACGCUGUGUUAUACGAUGCGCAAGAUGAUCGUGCCAAGUUGGAGUAUCAGAGGAAGGAUGUGAUGCACACCGGAGCCCUGCGCAAGACUGCCGAAGAGGAAUUAAUGAAACGAGCUCGUGAGGGUGUGGAAGAGGGGGAUGCAGAAUUCAGCGUACUGGCACCACUGGAGGAUCAGUCAUUUCUCUGGUCCGACAAGUACCGUCCGCGUAAACCGCGCUUCUUCAAUCGUGUGCACACGGGCUUCGUGUGGAACAAGUACAAUCAGACUCACUACGAUCUGGAUAAUCCCCCACCAAAAGUGGUCCAAGGCUACAAGUUCAAUAUCUUCUACCCCGAUCUUAUCGAUAUGACCAAGACACCCACGUACACGCGAAUACCUUGCGACGGUGAGCCCGACUUCGAGAUUCUCCGCUUCAUUGCAGGUCCGCCUUACGAGGAUAUCGCCUUUAAGAUCGUCAGUCGUGAGUGGGAGUACUCGUACAAACACGGGUUCCGGUGCCAAUUCCACAACACCAUCUUUCAGCUCUGGUUCCACUUUAAACGCUUCCGAUACCGCCGAUAG